CCGCAACCGCGGCAUGAGGAUUUCUGUGCCUUUGUCUCUUACUGCAGGGGGGGCGAAGGCCCCUGAUCUGCAGCUGGCAGACAUGAAAGGGGACGAGAUCCACCCCAAAUUCCGCCUCUGGCUCAUCGCUGCAGCUGAUGCCACAGGGGCCGUGCCAGGAGCUGUGCGCCGCAGAGCAGUGACGCUCUUCUGCGAGACCCCCCAGGAGCUGAAGAGCAGCCUGCAGCGCAGCUACGGCCAGCUGCUGGGCCAGCCGGCCUGGCGUGCCACGCAGGAGCACGGGCUGGCCCUGCUGGUGCUGCACGCAGUGCUGCUGCACAGACAGCACUACGGCAGCCUGGCCCAGGCCCGGCUCUACCCCUGGUGAGUGCGGCCGGCCCGACCCCCCGCUUCCCCAGCUGCCCGAGGUCUCACCGCCUGCUGUGUCCCCCAGGAGCGAGGCGGAGCUGUUCGCAGGCCUGAGGCUGCAGGAGCGGCUGGCGAAGGUGGUGUCCAACCCUGAGGAGGCCAUGCAAGAGCUGGCAGGGUCGAUUCUCUACGGCGGUUACAUCCUGGAUGCUGGGGACACAGAGGCCGUGCAGAGCUUGAGCCAGCAGUGCCUGGGCCGUGCCUCGCGUCUGCUGCCCCCCCAGGGGGUGCAGACCCUCCUCACCGCCCUCAUCAGGGGCUCCAACCUGGCUCUGCCGGCAGAGGACGUGAUCGCAGACACCCGGGCCCGCAUACAGCAGCUCCCGGACCCAGCAAACCCAGCCUCCUGUGGGCUGCACAAGGGCCUACAGCAGCAGCUGUUAGAGAGCCAGAGCUCAAGCCUGCUCGCAGACCUGCUGCGUUCUCAGGACCUCUGGCAGCCCACCCCCCCGCCGAGCACCCAGCAGGGAGCCUUGGGGCAGCUGGUGCAGCAGGGGCUGGAGCUGGUGCAGGAGCUGCAGGACACGCUGCAGCAGCGAGGCUGGGAGGUGGGGGCCAGAGGGCAUCUCCCAAGUGGGCGCACACGGCCGAAGCCCCGGCCCCUGCUUCGCUUCCUGCUGGAGGAGUGUGGCAGCUUCCUGGCCCUGCUGCAGCAGGUGGAGCGGGACCUGCUCUGUGCUCAGGAGCAGCUGAAGGGGCGGCCCUGCCAGAUCCCACGCUGCUCCACCAUCCUGCGGGCACUGGAGCGGGGACGCCUCCCCCGCCCCUGGCUGCCCUAUGCCCCCACUGGCCCCCAGGACCCAAGCAGGUGGCUGCAGACCCUGAAGUGUCGCUGCCGGCUGCUGUGCGGGUACCUGGGGAUGGCGGCUGGGCAGCCUGCGCUGCUCUACCACCUCUCUGCCUUCCAGUACCCACGGCGCCUCCUGCUGGCACUGCUCCAGGAAGCAGCCCGGGUCGAGAAGAAGGACCUGGACCACUACCACCUGGACCAACAGGUGCUGCCCUGCUUGCUACCGCCCAGCUCCCCCCCUGAAAGCGGGCUCUACCUGACCGGCCUGGAGCUGCACCACGCCCUGUGGGACACGCGUUCAGCCCUGCUCCAGGAGACGCUCUCGGCCCAGCCCUGCCUGCUGCCCCCCAUCUGGGUGCAGGCUGUGGGGGAGGCCUGGCACGCUCCAAGGCCCAACGCUUCCCUACUGCAGUACAGCUGCCCUAUCUACCUUGGCCUGCCUCAGCAGCCUGUGCGCUUGAGUAGCCAGCGGGCCGUGAUGCACCUGGCGCUGCCCUGCAAGAUGCCACCUGCCCUGUGUGCCCAGCACCGGGUGCACAUUGUCAGCACGCUGCCCUGCCUGGAAUAGAGGAGAGAGCUGCUGUGUGGGACGCAGCAUGGCCCUCGGGGGAAGAGCAGCCACAGGCCACCCUGUUACCCUGCCCCCACGCUCCAGCGCAGCCCCACGAGGGCUCAGGACUCGGCUCGGGUGACCAGCAGGAAUCACACAGCACAGCUCUGGGACUGCCCAAAGGAACAGGCUGCAGCUGCGAUCCCCCCAUCACCAGCGCAGCAGCUGCAGCCAGAC